AUGGAGUUACUAAUGGAUUCGAGCCAGACCGAGUCGGGUGGUUCCUCUUCCAUCGAGUCAUCUUCACUCACUGGUGGACUGAGGUUUGGUCAGAAGAUCUACUUCGAGGACGGAUCCGGAUCCGGAGCCAAGUCAAGCAAGAACCGGGUUAAUACGGCUCGUAAGUCGUCUACUUCUACGGCGAGGUGCCAAGUGGAAGGUUGUAGAAUGGAUCUAAGCAAUGCAAAAACUUACUACUCGAGGCAUAAAGUUUGUUGCAUUCACUCUAAAUCAUCUAAUGUCAUUGUCUCUGGUCUUCAUCAAAGGUUUCACUUGCUUUCUGAGUUUGACUUAGAGAAACGAAGUUGCCGCAGACGACUCGCUUGCCAUAACGAGCGACGAAGAAAGCCACACGCCACAACGAAUCUGCUCACUUCUCGUUACUCUAGAAUCGCUCCAUCUCUUUACGAGAAUGCUAAUACUGCAAUAUUUAGAAGCGUUUUGGGAGAUACGACGGCAUGGUCAGCGGCAAGACCAGUGAUGAGACGGUCUGGACCGUGGCAGAUUAACCCGGAAAGGGAAAGCAAUCUGAAUGUUUUUUCACACGGAAGCUCAAGCUUUACAACAUGUCCUGCGAUGAUGAACAACAACAGCACAGACUCAAGCUGUGCUCUCUCUCUUCUGUCAAACUCAAACACUAACACAAACCAGCAGCAGCAACAACCACUUCAGACGUCAACCGAUACAUGGCGACCAUCUUCAGGUUUCGACUCGAUGAUUGCUGAUAGGGUUACAAUGGCUCAACCACCGCCUGUUUCAAUCCAUAAUCAGUACUUGAACCAAAGUUGGGACUUCAUGGAGGGCGAGAAAAGCAAUUCGCAUCACAUGUCUCCUGUUUUGGGACUCAGCCAAAUCUCCGAGCCAGCUGAUUUCCAGCUAAGCAACGGCAUGGGUGGUGGAUUCGAGUUGUCUCUUCAUCAGCAAGUUCUCAAGCAAUACAUGGAACCUGAGAACACAAGAGCUUAUGACUCUUCUCCUCAACAUUUCAACUGGUCUCUCUGA